ACUUCUAUAUUUUAUUCUAUUAUAAAUUAGUUAAAGUUGUCAUCAUUUGUGACCUGUUUAGUGAGAAAAAUUAAGGACAGAGAGUAGAACCAUGGAAGAGAAAAAGAAUUUCUCUGGUACUUCUCUUCUUGUACCAUCAGUUCAAGAGUUGGCCAAGGACAAUAUUUCAUCAGUUCCACCAAGAUAUUUUCAAUCUCAACUUGAAGACUUGGUCACCAAUGAAAUUGAUGGUAUACUUGAAAUUCCUGUUGUUGAUAUGAACAAAUUGCUUUCUUCAGAAUUUGGAAGUUCAGAAUUGGCUAAGCUUCACCUUGCUUGUAAAGAUUGGGGAUUCUUCCAGCUGGUAAAUCAUGAUGUUAGUUCUUCCUUGAUGGAGAAAGUUAAGUUGGAGAUUCAAGAUUUUUUCAACCUUCCAAUGUUAGAAAAGAAGAAGUUUUGGCAAACUGAAAAACAUAUGGAGGGAUUUGGACAAGCAUUUGUUGUUAGUGAAGAACAAAAGCUUGAUUGGGCUGAUAUAUUUUAUAUGACAACACUUCCUAAACACUCUAGAAUGCCACACUUAUUUCCACAACUUCCACUUCCUAUCAGAGAUACUUUUGAACUUUACUCCAUAGAAAUGAAAAAGUUGUCUAUGACUAUUGUUGAAUAUGUGGGAAAAGCUUUAAAAAUGGAUGAAAAAGAAAUGAAUAUUGAAUUUGAAGAUGGGAUACAAUCGAUGAGAAUAAAUUAUUAUCCUCCAUGUCCUCAACCAGAAAAGGUUAUUGGGCUAACACCACAUUCAGAUGCAUCAGGACUCACAAUCCUCUUACAACUCAAUGAUGUUCAAGGUCUCCAAGUAAGAAAAGAUGGCAUGUGGGUCCCAGUUAAACCCUUGCCUAAUGCCUUCAUUGUCAAUAUUGGAGACAUUCUUGAGAUUGUAACUAAUGGAAUAUAUAGAAGUAUUGAACAUCGAGCAAUUGUGAACUCUGCAAAAGAAAGACUAUCAAUUGCAACAUUCUGUACAACAAGACACAACGGAGAGGUGGGUCCCGCAACAAGCUUCAUCACCAAAGAAACUCCGGCACGAUUCAAAAGAAUUGGGUUAGAUGAAUACUUGAGGAAUGUUUUUCUUCGUAAACUUGAUGGCAAGUCUUACCUAGAUGCCAUGAGGACAUAAUAUCUCUAAAUCAAGUGAUUGAAGUUGGUUUACUAUCAUACUUAUAUAUGUCAAUAUGGGUAUUGAUAUUAAAAUAAAAUUAUCAUAAAUAAUGAAUAGAUAGACGGUCAGAUAAGUGAUGAACCGUUGUUGUUUUUCUUAUAUAACUUAUUUAAUAAUGUGUUAAAUUGAUAAUCUAAAAUUUAGAUUUUUGAUAAUA